AUGCCUCCAAUCAAGAAACGGCCUUUAAGAUUAAACUUAUCGGCCGCCAAUGAGUCCAUUGGAACUCUAUUAGCUCAGAAUAAUGAAUGGGGGAAAGAGCAAGCCAUAUAUUAUCUAAGUAGGGUGCUCACUCCAGUGGAAUGUAUGUACACUUCCAUUGAAAAGUUGUGCCUUUCCUUAUACUAUGCGGCUAUGAAGUUAAGAACCUAUAUGUUGCCAGUGGCCGUAUAUAUCAUUUCUCAAACAGAUUUGAUUAAGUAUAUGCUUUCAAGGCCUUUGAUUACUGGACGUAUUAGAAAGUGGUCAUUGGCCUUAAUGGAGUUUUCCUUCAAGUAUAUUGCACAAAAGGCAGUCAAAGGCAGGGGGGUAGCAGAAUUUCUAGCAGAUCAUCCAUCCACUAAGAUAGAUUCAGAAAUAUGUGAUGAGGUGGAUAAUCUCUACCUUGACUACACACCUUGGACUCUCAUGUUUGAUGGAUCAAGCACUCAUGAUGGAGGUGGAGCUAGAAUAGUCAUCAUUUCUUCGAAAGGAAUGAAAACCAAAUUUUCUUUCUUCUUGGAUUUCAAGUGUACAAACAACCAAGCUGAGUACGAGGCACUAAUUAUUGGGCUGGAGAUUCUGCUAAAGCUAAAGGUGGAGAAGGUCCAAAUUAUUGGAGAUUCCAACUUGAUACUUAGCCAACUAUCUGAAGAAUAUAGAUGUCUUAACUGGCAUCCAAGGCCUUUCCACUCUUUGGCCUUAGAGUUACUUUGCUAG